AUGGACGAGCUGCACGAUGCCAUCCAGGAUGCGCAAUAUAUUGGCGCUGUGACCAACACACAACGCGGGCCUAGCGCUGCCUUCUACAACCCGUCAAGCAAUGAAUUGACGCAGUUCGUGGACCGACAAGAGCGUGCGUUGGGCAACGACUGGCUCGGUCUCGAGAAUUUGCUGGAUAUGCCGCUAGGUUUCUAUUUCUUCCGACGGUUCUGCGAGGCGGAGCAGCAUGGGAGUCAGAAAUUAGACUUCCUAGUCGAAGUCACCAAGCUCCGUACACUACAGACUCCGGAGCAGCGCAGUAUGAAAGCCAGGGAGAUCUGGGAUCUCUUCUUUGGCAACGCAGCUCCCGGAGCUACCGUAAGUACUCCAACAAGGGAAGGUGGCGUCACGGUUUGGUCACCAGGAAUACGAGUAGAGUCUCGACUGCAUCAAACAUCUCCCAUCUCGCCCGUCACGGCGUCGACGUCUCCUGGGACCGAGUAUUCACCUUCAGCUGGACGAGGCACCAAUUUGCAUAGCCCUCCAGUAGGACGUCCCAGUCCAACACGAAUGUCUCUUGGCUGUCUUGAAGAGUUAAAUGUGGCGUCUAUGACGACGAACGGGAUUGUAUUUUGGCGCAAGAACGAAUCUUCAGUCACUCGAGCGGAUGUACGCAGCAUUUUUACUACCGUAUCGACUGAAGCGAACCCUCUCGGCGUCGGAGGUGAGGUCGUGCAAAGGAUAAGCGCUGUAUUUAAGCGCAAACAGGCCGAUUCCGACCGUGGAGACUCCAUGAACUGCGUCCGAGAUAGUAGUCCCACAAGCCCCACCACAAGUACCGUAUCGACUAGUGAGGUCAAUGACUUGGGGAUGGAAAGCUCCGUAUCGAAGCCGAGAAACGAUAAACGCUUGAGCUCCGAGUCGAAGAUCUCGACUCUGACACUCUUUGAUGAACUGGAAGCCUGUGUGCUAUGCAGUUUGGAACAAUAUCAUCUCAAGGGCUUUCGCUCCUCUGCAUUCCACAAGAGAUUAGUCGCGUUCCUGUUCCUCCAAAAGCGACGAGUGGAUGAAGAUGACUUCACUGUACUCCGUGUACUGGGACGAGGAGGCUUCGGUAUGGUGAAUGGAUGCAUCAAGCGGACAUCGGCGUCGUUGUAUGCUAUGAAAGUGAUGAACAAGAAGAUGAUCAAGAAGAAACACGCCGAGAAGUUGUGUCUUGCGGAACGGAAGAUUCUCGCGAUGAUUUCGUCCCCAUUCGUUGUGUGUCUAAAAUACUCUUUCCAGACACUUGACGAGCUUUUCUUGGUGCUAGAUUUAAGAACUGGAGGCGAUCUAUCGUUUCAUCUCAACCGCGCCAGAUUCUCCGAGACUCAAGUGCGCUUCUGGGCUGCACAGAUAUUACUGGGGAUUCAACAUUUACACGAAAAGAACAUUGUGUAUCGAGAUCUGAAACCAGAAAAUAUUCUGCUGGACGAAAAGGGGAAUUGCAGUAUCUCCGAUCUUGGAUUAGCUGUCGAGGUGACGCCAACGCUAACGGGAAGAUGCGGAACGAGAGGAUAUUGGGCUCCAGAAAUGCUACUUCGAGACGAGAAUGGGAACCGGUUGGUGUACAAUCAGACUGUGGAUUGGUGGAGCUAUGGGUGCUUAGUGUACGAGCUUCUGUACGGCAAAUGCCCCUUCCGGACAUCCAAGGCAAAAGCUCUUCAUGAAGACAAGCAACAGGCAUACGACAAGGCCACGUUGGAGCUUACACCAGCGUAUGACCCCAAGUAUUUCUCCCCCGAAGCUGCAGAGCUCAUCCAACAUCUGCUGAUUCGAGACCCCACCAAGCGAUUAGGAGCGAAAGGAGCCGAGGAGAUUAAGCGAAUGCGCUUCUUCUCUUCCAUUGACUGGGCGCAGAUGGAACAGAUGCAGAUACCGCCGCCCUUUGUGCCUGACAAUGAGAUCAACGCAGCGUCCCAAGCAGAUAUUGGCUCCUUUGACAUCUCGAUUGUCAAGGGAAUCAAGGUGUCGGAGCAGGAACAGGCAGCGUACAGUGGAUGGGAUUAUGUCUGUCCCGAGACGUUUCAGCGCGAGGCAGUAGAGUACCUCGAGUGGGAGGUUAAACAUGGUCCGUGCACCAUCGGAGUCAACAACAACUCGUGCUGCUCGAUUUUAUAA